AUGGCUGCCAUGCUUUUGCACCUUAAACAAAACAUCCCACGACGUUUGUUGAGGGACAGAAAAAAACCACUGGAUUACUUUAGUGACGAAGCCAUCAUAGCAAGUUAUCGACUUGACAGGCAAUCUAUCUUGGAACUGUGUAAUAUGAUGACGAAUGAAUUGUCACGCCCAACUCAUCGAAAUCGAGCUCUCCCCGUUUCGCGCCAAGUAAUGGUUGCUCUCCGAUAUUACGCAUAUGGAAGCUACAUGUCAGUUAUUGGGGAUGCUCAUGGAGUAAGUAAAAUGGCAGUAUCCCGUGCAAUAAACCACGUGUCUUUAGCACUAGCCCGUCGCAGUCGUACAGACAUUGUAUUUCCUAUGGAUCAACAACAGCAAGGUGAUGUCAAACGAGAAUUCUUGGCAAUGAGGGGAUUUCACAAUGUCCUUGGGGCUGUGGGUGGAUCGUUAAUCCCAUUGCGACACCAUCUGAAGACGGACACUUAUAUGUGUCAAGAAAAGGAUUACAUGCCUUGA